AUGGUUCUUCGAGUUUCAAAUCCAAAUAAUGUAAAAAUCUAUACAGUUUCCGGCUCGGGAACUUGCUCAAUACCCGAUUGGUUAGCAAGACAGAGAAAGCGAGUCUUAAAAGAUGAUCCAGAGUGGCAAUCAAGAGUCGAGCUUAUUCAAGAUUUUGAAUUCCCAGAAGCCUCAAUUCGAAUCAAGACAACAAAAGAUGGAAGAUUUGUUAUGGCUACUGGAGUAUACAAACCUCAGAUUCGAGUAUUUGAAUAUGCAGAAAUGUCAAUGAAAUUUAGCCGACAUACUGAUUCAGAAAAUGUCAAUUUUUUGGCAUUAUCUGAUGAUUGGACAAAAACGGUAUUUUUACAAAAUGAUAGAACUAUAGAAUUUCAUUCACAAAGUGGAAUUUACUAUAAAACUAGAAUUCCAAAGUUUGGUAGAGAUUUGGCAUAUCAUUAUCCAACAUGUGACUUGUUAUUAGCAGCAUCAUCAAAUGAAGUUUACAGAUUGAAUCUGAAUCAAGGAAAGUUUUUAAAUUCCAUCGAAACUAACUCACCAUCAGGAGUUAAUGUCAGUGUAAUUAAUCCGGUUCAUCAAUUGUUUGGAUUUGGCACAGAAGAUGGAACAUUAGAAUUUUGGGAUCCUAGAUCUAAAACUCGUGUUGGUUUAUUGGCUCCCAAACUACCAUCACAUAUUACUACUACCAAUGAUGAUGGGGUCGGUGGUAAUGAACAACAAAAGAAUAAUGGGUUCAGUGUUACUGCAAUGGAAUACAGAACUGAUGGAUUGUCGUUAGCUGUAGGAAUAUCGACUGGCCAUGUAUUAUUAUACGAUUUAAGGGCUUCUAGACCUUGGCUUGUCAAAGAUCAUCAAUACGGAUAUCCGAUAAAAAACUUGAAAUGGUAUGAUGAUGUUAUUGGUGAUAAAGGAAGAAACAAAGUUAUUAGUGCUGAUUGUAAAAUAAUGAAAAUAUGGGACGCAGAAGAUGUAAUCGGUACAAAUUUCACAUCAGUAGAACCCAACACUGAUAUUAAUGAUAUAUGCAUUAUACCAGAAACUGGAUUAAUUUUUGUUGCGAAUGAAGGUAUUCAAAUUGGCGCAUAUUAUAUACCAGCAUUGGGACCGGCACCCAAGUGGUGCUCAUUCUUGGAUAAUUUAACGGAAGAAUUGGAAGAAAAUCCACAACAAAAUAUAUACGAUGAUUAUAAAUUUGUUACCAGAAAAGAAUUAGAAAAACUUGGUAUGGAGCACUUAAUAGGGACAAAUAUAUUGAGGCCGUAUAUGCAUGGAUUUUUUGUAGAUUUACGAUUAUAUGAAAAAGCCAAAUCAAUAGCAAAUCCAUUUGCAUAUUCAGAAUAUCGAGAACAAAUAAUUAAACAAAAAUUGGAGAAAGAACGUGAAUCACGUAUACGGGUCACAAAGAAAUUACCAAAAGUUAAUAAAGAAUUGGCAAGGUGA